CCGGGCCCUGAUGCUGCGGGGAUGAGCAGCGCCGCGGCCGGGCGAGGCAGGGCUGGGAGCGUUUGGCCUGUCUGGGGCUGGAAAAGGAGGUAGAGGGGUGGAUGUCCGUAUGCUGUGGACACGUAUGCUUGGAGCACUGGGAGGCGGGAGGGCAGAAACCGGUAAUACAAAGGGAGGGGGACCAGGGCUUCUCCCGGCAGCCCUUUGUGGGGAGCAGCAGCGCCGUAGAACGGACCCUGCCGGGUCAGAAGGGCCAGUCGGGCCCUUCCCGGGCCCGUGGGCUGCGCUGGUUGUCCGCCGAGUCCUGCCCCGGGACAGCCCGGCCCCCGGCUUCUGCCCAUGGCAGGCGCUGCUGGAGCCCGUGCAGGGUGAUGGGAGGCACCCGAUCCCAGGUCGGGGCCGGGCAGUGCUCGGCCCCAGGUCCCGCGGGACGGUAGGUGCCUCGCACAUGUGUGUUUCUGCAUAUGUCUAGUUGUUCCCCUGCCCUGGAGCUGCAGCCUCGCUCCCCAUCCUGGCACUGGUCAUCUGGGGGGUACGAUGCUCCUACCCCAGCUGGCGGUUUUGGGUUGCUGCCCCCCUUUCACAGCGCUGUGACUCUUCCCUGCGGGGCCACUGGGGCAGGGGGCUCUGUGGGAGCAGGAGGGAUUCUGUUCUGGGCAGGGCUGACUUCCCUCCGCGCAGGAGCUGAAGGGCUUCACUUGCUUGGAUGACCUGCUGCACGUCAAGGGUAUUACCACACGCAUCCUGGAGCUCAACAGCCAGCGCAUGAUGUGCCGGCGGUGCCCGGGCCCUGAGAGGCCCCCACGGGCCAGCCCCACUCCCUUGGGGGACAAUGAGGACCACAGGGCACCUGCAGCACAGGUGGUGGCUGAAGAGGAGGAAGAUGAGGAGGAGGAGGAAGAGGAGGAUGCACCAGGGCCCUGGGAGCCGGAGCACCCCUGGAAGGGUACCCCCAGGUCUGGGGCAGACCCUGAUGGUUCUGGGGGGCAGGGACCACAGGAGCACCCCAGGUCCACCAGGGAGCAGGAGGAGGAGGAGGAGGAAGAAGAGGAAGAGGAGGAAGAGAGCUGCUGCAGCGAGGAGGGGGAAGACAGCAGCAAUGUCUACCUGUACUACACUCUGGGAGAGCGCUGGAUAGACUACCUGCAGCGCACUGGGGAUGGGGGGCUGCUGCGGCACCUGCGCCCCAAGAUGAAGCGGAAGUCAGAGAAUGGGCCGGAUGGCCGGGCCUUGUCCCCUGGGAAGAAGCUGUGCAAGGGCUCUGACUAUGGCAGGACACUGGGUCCCUGUACACCCAGCCCAACGACCACCUUUGGGGACCUGCGCAAUGCCAAGGUGGGGCAGGCCCGGCGCCGUCGCAUCCCCUCCGUGGCCCCCCCUCCUGAGCUGCAGGACUGGCUCCGCACCUUCCAGCGCUGGAGUGGCCCUGAGAAGCUUCUGGCCCUGGAUGAGCUCAUUGACCGCUGCGAGCCGGCGCAGAUCAAGUACAUGAUGCAGGUCAUCGAGCCCCAGUUCCAGCGGGACUUCAUCUCCCUGCUGCCCAAGGAGCUGGCCCUGUACGUCUUGUCUUUCCUGGAGCCACGUGACUUGCUCCGUGCUGCCCAGACUUGCCGCUACUGGAGGGUCCUGGCCGAGGACAACUUGCUCUGGAGGGAGAAGUGCCGUGAGGAAGGGAUCGAGGAGCCCCUGCACCUGCGGAAGCGACGCCUGCUCAGCCCCGGAUUCAUGUACAGCCCCUGGAAAUUCGCCUUCCUGCGCCAGCACCGCAUCGACAUGAACUGGCGUAGUGGGGAGCUGCGGCCCCCCAAGGUACUAAAGGGCCAUGAUGACCAUGUGAUCACCUGCCUGCAGUUCUGUGGGAAUCGCAUAGUGAGCGGCUCUGAUGACAACACGCUCAAAGUGUGGUCAGCUGUCACUGGGGAGUGUGUGCAGACGCUGGUGGGCCACACUGGGGGAGUUUGGUCCUCCCAGAUGAGGGACAGUGUUGUCAUCAGCGGCUCCACUGACCGCACACUCAAGGUGUGGAACGCUGACAGUGGCGAGUGCGUGCACACACUGUACGGACACACCUCCACCGUGCGCUGCAUGCACCUACACGGCAACAGGGUGGUGAGCGGCUCCCGGGACGCCACGCUGCGGCUCUGGGACAUCGAGACGGGGCAGUGCCUGCAUGUGCUGAUGGGCCAUGUGGCAGCCGUGCGCUGCGUCCAGUACGAUGGCAACAAGGUGGUCAGUGGUGCCUACGACUACACGGUCAAGGUGUGGGACCCCGAGAGCGAGAGCUGCACCCACACGCUGCAGGGGCACACCAACCGUGUCUACUCGCUGCAGUUUGAUGGGACACACAUCGUGAGUGGGUCCCUGGACACAUCAAUCCGCGUGUGGGAUGUGGAGAGUGGGAACUGCCUGCACACGCUCAUGGGGCACCAGUCACUCACCAGUGGGAUGGAGCUGCGGGACAACAUCCUCGUGUCUGGCAACGCCGACUCCACUGUCAAGAUCUGGGACAUCAAGACAGGGCAGUGCCUACAGACACUGCAGGGUCCCAGCAAGCACCAGAGUGCUGUCACCUGCCUGCAGUUCAGCUCCAAGUUCGUGGUGACCAGCUCGGAUGACGGGACAGUGAAGUUGUGGGACCUGAAGACAGGGGAGUUUGUGCGAAACCUGGUGGCCCUGGAGAGCGGGGGCUCUGGGGGGGUCGUGUGGCGCAUCCGUGCCUCCAACACAAAGCUGGUGUGUGCCGUGGGCAGCCGCAACGGCACUGAGGAGACCAAGCUGCUGGUGCUGGACUUCGAUGUGGACCUGAAGUGACCCCGGCCAGCCCGGGGGUCCCGCGGGAGGGGUGGCCCCGGCGCAGGCGCUGGCCCCCGUGGGCGGACAGAGGGAGGCCGGCCGGGCCUUAUUUAUAUGCGCGGGAGCGCCCGGCCAGGCCUGCAGGAGCAUGUUUUGUACACGGAAUAUAUCAAUUUAUUUCUGUA